GCGGGUGAGCUGGAUCCUGAUCCCCGUGGUCAGUGGCCAGAUCCUGGGCUGCUGGCCAGAACCCUGGCUUUGUGAGUGGCUGUAGCUUGGCUCUGCUCCAGCCCACAGGGGCUAAAGGGGCGGGUAGGGAGCGGGUAGGGAGCGUGUACGUGGCUUUGUGUCCUUGGCUCCUCCAGACUCUCACAUGUGCGGACACCAUAUACUCCUGCUGCCCUUGUGCCCCAAUCAUUGCACAAACAGAAACAGCUCUGACAGAGAAGGGACUGCUAGUUAGGAACCCUAGGGCCUGGAAGGAAGGUAUGGCUCUCAGAGUGACCUGGGGUCUAUUCAGUCCCCUCUGGACCUGUUUCCCUGGCAAUGCUGUGGGAACAACAGUCUAUGUGACACAGGAGAUCUGAUGCCACCUGGUGUUCUCCAAAUUUUAAGGUGAAGGCAGGGAUUGUGAAUGAUACAGGGUUGGCCAGAAUGGUUUUUGCCUUCGUUCUUUUCCCAGGGGAACCAAGCCUGUGGGUAGGGAAAUCACACUAAGGCUGGACAGUGACUGAAUCUGGCCCAGGAGAAACUUGGCUGCCUGCCUUCCAGGCCAGGGUUUUUCUUCCUUGAGAUCCUGGAGGGGAAGUACCUGGAACUUGGGAGUGUUGCCCUGGUCUGGAAGAUCUGAUAGACAUAGUAUGCACACAUUUCCCUCGAGCUUCCCAUGACUGGGGACUAGAUGAGAACCCUGGGUGGGUGGCUGGUUUCUUGAGGCAUACGUAUACCCGACACACCUUACACCUCUGACUUGGCUGCAUUUUGGAAUCAUCUGGGAAGUUUUAAACAAUACUGAUGCCUAGGUCCAACCUCCAGAGAUUCUGAUUUAAUUGGUAUGGGGUGGGGUUUUGCAGUUUUCAAACCACAAUAUCCAGCAAAGUUUGAGAACCAUUGCCCUACACAGCCCUCCUUCUUCUUUAUCUUAUCUGGAGUCAGGGGCACCUUCACCUUCUCCAAUCACCUGGCCAGUGGCUCUUGUUUCCAGUCCUGCUGUUCCAGGGUGGAUAGGCCUUCAGGCGGAGACCCAGGAAUCCAGCUCCAGACUCUGUCCCAGGCAGCCUCUUCAGUCCCGGACGGGACAGGAAGUGUCCGGCGGAGGUGGGGGUGGAGGUGAUUGGCAGUUGGAGUCUCCAAUGGGCCAGGAGCCCCCCUAUUUCACUCCUCUCCUUCCAUUGGCGCCUGGGCGGAGCCGCCCCCGCUGCGGGGGCCCAGGGCGGGAGGGAGUAGAGGCCGGGGCAGAGGGCGAGGGCAGAGGGCGCUGGCGGCAGCGGCCGCGGAAGAUGAGCAGCAGCUGCUCAGGGCUGAGCAGGGUCCUGGUGGCCGUGGCUACGGCCCUGGUGUCUGCCUCCUCCCCCUGCCAGGCCUGGGGCCCCCCAGGGGUCCAGUAUGGGCAGCCUGGCAGGUCCAUGAAGCUGUGUUGUCCUGGAGUGACUGCCGGGGAACCAGUGUCCUGGUUUCGGGACGGGGAGCCAAAACUGCUCCAGGGACUUGACUCUGGGCUAGGGCAUGAACUGGUCCUGGCCCAGGCAGACAACACUGAUGAGGGCACCUACAUCUGCCGGACCCUGGAUGGUGCACUUGGGGGCACAGUGACCCUGCAGCUGGGCUACCCUUCAGCCCGCCCUGUUGUCUCCUGCCAAGCAGCCGACUAUGAGAACUUCUCUUGCACUUGGAGUCCCAGCCAGAUCAGCGGUUUACCCACCCGCUACCUCACCUCCUACAGGAAGAAGACAGUCCUAGGAGCUGAUAGCCAGAGGAAGAGUCUAUCCACAGGGCCCUGGCCAUGCCCACAGGAUCCCCUAGGGGCCGCCCGCUGUGUUGUCCAUGGGGCUGAGUUCUGGAGCCAGUACCGGAUUAAUGCGACUGAGGUGAACCCACUGGGUGCCAGCACACGCCUGCUGGAUGUGAGCUUGCAGAGCAUCUUGCGUCCUGACCCACCCCAGGGCCUGCGGGUAGAGUCGGUACCAGGUUACCCCCGACGUCUGCGAGCCAGCUGGACAUACCCUGCCUCCUGGCCGCGCCAGCCCCACUUCCUGCUCAAGUUCCGUUUGCAGUACCGUCCGGCGCAGCAUCCAGCCUGGUCCACGGUGGAGCCAGCUGGACUGGAGGAGGUGAUCACAGAUGCUGUGGCUGGGCUGCCCCAUGCUGUACGAGUCAGUGCCCGGGACUUUCUAGAUGCUGGCACCUGGAGCACCUGGAGCCCGGAGGCCUGGGGAACUCCGAGCACUGGGACUGUACCAAAGGAGAUACCAGCUUGGGGCCAGCUACACACGCAGCCAGAGGUGGAGCCUCAGGUGGACAGCCCUGCUCCUCCAAGGCCCUCCCUCCAACCACACCCUCGGCUACUUGAUCACAGGGACUCUGUGGAGCAGGUAGCUGUGCUGGCGUCUUUGGGAAUCCUUUCUUUCCUGGGACUGGUGGCUGGGGCCCUGGCACUGGGGCUCUGGCUGAGGCUGAGACAGGGCGGGAAGGAUGGAUCCCCAAAGCCUGGGUUCUUGGCCUCAAUGAUUCCAAUGGACAGGCAUCCAGAGUUGGAGUUCUGCUCGAGGAACGUGUGUAAUGUGUACAUCUGUGUCCAUGUGUGA